AUGGCGGUUUUUGAUCAAAAUAAGGCAGACCUAUUGUCUGACUUUGAGCAAAGCCUUAAAGAACUCACGUUCCCGGCUCUCCCUGUGAUAGAAAACCUCACAGAAAUAGCCAGAGAGAACACGGAUGUCGCAGACAAGAUUUUGCAGUUGAUUAAAACAAGGAUAGCCAAAUCUAUUCCGGAUCAUAAGUUGGCGCUGUUGUAUCUCUUCGAUUCAAUAGUCAAGAAGAUUGGCCCUCCAUACAAUAUUUUGGUUGGCGAUGAAAUUUUUGAAAUCUACUCAAAUUCCUACCUUUUGGUGAAUGAUAAAACUAGACAGAGGUUGCUGAACUUGUUUGAGACUUGGAAGAACACCAAGCUGAAGGGUUCCAAUUCUCCACUCUUCCCCAGAAAUCAAAUGGAUAAGAUCGAAAGAUUUUUGCAACAAGCUAAUAAGAGUAAGUCAGGGAAUGAAGGUGAUGCGUAUGGUUCAGGAUCUGGUUCUGGUCCUGGUUCAGGCUUCAAUACCGCCUCUUCCACUGCACCUUCUUCAACACAUACCACCCCAGGAUCUACCCCAUCUUUGCCCAAUAAGCCCAUGUUGAUGGACCAUUCCAAAAGCACAUUGACAAAUGCAAGCUUAAUAAAAGAUAUAGAUACUCUUAUACCAUUUUCGCAAAAUAAAUUACGUAAUAAUCCUUCUGAUUCUAAAUUGCAAGAACGUAUAAAUGCAUUAAGUAAGUUGAGAACCCUUCUAGCUAGUCAGAAUAUGAGUGUCAAGGAGUUGCAAACAAUACAAGACAGACUUAGGAAUAUAAUGCAGCAAGAAUUUGGAUCUUCCGGUAGCUCGACCCCUACUGGAAUGAAUACUAUACCAGUUCAGACUCCUGUUCCUGUGGUUGCAACUACAAUCCAUUCGUCCUUGUCUUCAUCUACAUCACCAUCACAAUCUAAUAUUGCCAAUGAAUUUUUCAAUAUGUUAAUUGCAUCAGGAUUGGUUAAGGUUGACCAAUCUUUAAUUCCUGGAUCGCAUCCUAAAUACGAGUUGAAGUUCCCAAGAAUCAUAAAGACUGGAUCUGUGGGCAACAGCAUAAGUUCAGCUUCCAAUAGUGCAUUGGAAAGACUCUUAUACGGAGCCAAGAACGGCCUAACUGGAGAAAUUGGUAAAACAUCCAGUAACAUGAAUAACAUCAAUAAUAAUACUAAUACUAAUACUAAUGGCGGAGUUGUUGGGUUUGAAACUCUUAAAAAUAUAGAACUAAAUAAAUUAAACGUAGACCCUAAGAAUUUACAAAAAUUCAUAAGUUCAAAUAAACCAUCAUCGGUGUCGAUAUCUCUUUUAUAUGACUCGAAGCCGUCCAAAUGUGGUACCUGUGGGAAGAGAUUUUCAGAUGAUGAGAAUGGAAUUCAAAAGAGAAGAUUGCACUUAGAUUGGCACUUUAGAGUUAAUAAGAGACUCUCUUCUAACACCUCCACUACUGGUGGUAAGGGUGGCAUAAUUCAAUCUAGAAACUGGUACUUGGAUGGCUACGAUUGGGUUAAGUUUAAAGAUGAGAACUUGUUGGAAUACUCCACCAAUGGUGCAGACUCUGCCAAUGCUAUGAACUCAUUGUCGUUGUCUUCGUCCUCGAAGGCAUCUACACCUACCCCAGGGUCGAAUUCGAAUAACCCCAACUCAAUCGAUGGUUUGCUCUUGAACGAUGGUAGAGUUCCGUUUGUAGUUAUUCCUACUAACGAAACUAACAUGAUAAACAAGUGCCAGAUAUGCCAAGACCAGAUCAAUGCCACUUAUGAUGACGAUUCUGGUGAAUGGAGAUGGGUCAACUGUAUAAAGGCUCCUGGUGAGGGAAAAAAUAGCAGAAAGAUUUUCCAUGCAACUUGCUUCCUUGAAGCCAAUAAGAAGAGAGGUGCAGAUGGCGAUUUGAAUGUGAAGGUGAAGAGAGAAAAGAUUUAA